GAAAGGCCCACCAGUCCUCCUGAAAUGACCAAGAUAUUUUCAGGAGUGCAUUAUGUUAAAACAGCUCACUCUUGUCCAAAUUCCCAUCAAAAAUGUCUAAAACCAAAUCUCUAUCAGGCAGGUUCUCUCAGAUUUGUAUCAAUAUUAAAUCACCAAAUAGUUAAUUGAUCCCCUUGUGAUGAUUGUUUUGCAGAGAACUGCACCAACCACAAACUCCGGUUUGAGACGGUUUAUUCUGUUCCCGGUGAGGUAGCUAUGCUGACCAGCACCCUCGUGUCUCCAGGUGUCUCCAACUUCACAGAUGUACCUUACAACAUCACCUGGUAUGACUCAAAGGGGAAAGAAAUAAUCAAUCAGACCGGUCGAGUCCUGGUGCUCGAGGAGACUCUGUGGUUUCUCAAUACAACACUGGAUGAUAACAAGGAAUAUAUGACCAUCCUAAGGACCCCCUCUGGGUGCCACAAGCAGCGCUUAAAUCUGACCGUAGAGCAACCAGAAGCUGGAAAACGUGAAAGGCCAACAAAAGCUCAUCAGUUACUUAUGAAGGAUGUCAACGGCAUGCUGUCCUGCCCUCUGAGGAACUAUACUAACAAACUGAAAAGCUACAACAUCACUUUCUCCAUCAAGUGGUACAGAGGUUGUGAACGAAUAGAGGAUGGGACAGGAGGGUACAACUUUUUGGAUGACACCAAAAUAAUGAUUCACAAGGCAGGUCCUGAAAAAAACAGUUUUUACACCUGCACAUUGACCUUCACUCUCGCUGGCAUUACUGGAUCUGUGUCAGAGACUAUCAACGCAACGGUCAAAGGUGAGAACAGAGACAAGAACUGCUUAUGA